CGGCGUCCUGCCCGUCAUGCGCAGCAUCAUGGAGUCCCUGCUGUCCAAGGACGUGCUCUAUCCCCUCCCUCAAGGAGAUCACCGAGAAGUACCCGGAGUGGCUGCGGCAGCACGAGGCGUCGCUGUCCCCGGAGCAGCGGGAGCGCUUCCGGGCGCAGCAGGCGCUGAUGCUCCGGAUCUGCGCCGAGCUGGAGCGGGAGCGGCCGGGGGAGCCCGAGGGGCAGCGCCGCGAGCGCUUCGAGACCCUGCUGGACCUGAUGCAGCAGCUGCAGGACCUGGGCCACCCCCCCAAGGAGCUGGCGGGGGACACGCCCCCCGGAUUCAACCUGGACCUGCCGGGCGGGGUCAGUGGAGAGCAGUGCCGCCUCAUGUAGGGGAAUUUUGGGAUCGCCCCCGCCCCGCCUGGCCCUAAAUGAGGACGAAGAGGAGCCUGGGGGAGUGGAGACCUCCCCCCACCCCCCAAAUUUUGGGGUUUUUUUGGGGGUGAGGGCGUGGGGACCCCCCAGUUUGGGGCGGUGUCCCCCCCUCGCCCCCCCCCGGUGUCCCCAAUAAAGAGUUGGUGAUGGGA